AUGGAUCUCAAGUGGACAAUCGCCAAACGACACAUGCCCAAGGCUCUCAAUCACUUGGCUGAGUUUUGCAAAUCCAAAGAAGCCAUUGAGUUCAUCCUGUGGACAUCAAUGCUCUUCCACCUCAUCCACAAAGCACUGGAGGCGAGUGUGAAUGCAUCCUUUGUUGGUAAGACAGUGCGGGGCAGUGAUGGCCAGGAUUGGACUGCCAAGAAGGUGCGCAAGCCAUGGGGAGGAUACAUGCACUGGUGGGUGUGCAUCCAGCACUGCAUGUGGGCCGCCUACACCAUCUACUGCAAUUUCCUGACGCCUGAGAUCGCCCCACCUUUCAAUGUUUGUGUGCUGUUUGAUGCCCUGUGA